AUGAGUACAGUUUCGUCGGAAGUCUUCGUCGAUCAGCUUCAGAAGGUGGGGUUUCUUCAACGCUGAUGGUCUACCAGAUCGAACUUUUCGGACAUGUCAAAGUCACCGUUUUUGAACUUGUGGAACCAAACUUUUGUGGUGUCGUAACAGACAACUGAAGACCCUACAACACUGCAUAGUUCCUUCGUCGCUAUUGUUGCGUUGCCGUGUUCACGUAAUUUGAGAAGCAACACUGCCCGAACAUUAUUGUGUUUUUUGUUUUUAGCCCUGGGACAUCUCUUUAUACAGGUUGCCAACAGAAAGUUCUAGCUAGAACUGUCCAGAAUUUUUUUUAAAACUUUUGAAAAAUCGGCCAGAAACUUUCGCAAACAUCCAAUAAGUCACUGAGAAUAUUGAUUGUUUGUAAUUGAUACAAACAAUUGGUGACCCGACGUCCUACAUCGACCGACCGACCCCGACGUGGGCCGACCGACAUCGACCAACACCGACCAACCGACAUUUUCAUGUCAGGAGACAUUCGACGCCAGAUAGGCCUGGCAAAAGGCCGACUCCUUACGAAAAUCAACCGAGCUAGAGGAGGAUUUGAAAGUACGACUCAACAUCUCAACCUCGGUUACUCCAUCCCCAACAUUUUUGGCCAAGGUGGACAAUACUUCCGAAACACAGCCAGAAGUCAACACGGCUAUCGUGCCAAUCCUCAACCGAUCGUUUUUGCCAAAACUUCAAGUUCAAAGAUUUAAUGGCGAUGUUACUCAAUGGUUAAGCUGGCGGCCAUCAUUCUACUCCGCAAUUCAUGACCGCAACGACGUGGAUAACAACACCAAACUACUGUACCUGAAGGCUUGUUUGACAGGAGACGACGAAGAUGAAUUAUCAGGGGUUUGCUCACUUGGAUAUUCCUACUCGACCGUAAUUCACCGUCUUCAAGACCGAUUUGGGAAUCAAAGCCGACUGCGCACCCAGCUACAUACUCAACUGGCAAGUAUAAAACCGGCUGAAAAAUCAACUCCAGAUCUUCGAUCUACUUAUCGACUGUCGCUGCCGUAA